CUUAACCCCUCUUUCUGUCGCCGACUUUCUGCGCGCUGCGCCCAUCACUCCCUUCUCCUCACUACAAUCAAAUCCUUAUCUUCUCCUCUACUUUCAUCUUCCGCUUUAUCCUCCACAAUUUCCUCCGAAUCCCCCCAAAUCUCCAUCAUCAAAACCCUAAUUUCCGCCAUUUUAGGUCAGAUCGUCGGGUUCAGUUCGAUAUUUGUCAAAUUUGGAUGUGUAAUUCGUCGUGUAUGGUUUUUGUGACUUCCUGACGAAAUUCAGAAACCCUAAUUUGAUUUGAAGGGCGGGGGAGAGGGAAAGAGAGAGGAGGAAGGUUGAGUUCCGCGGCGAAUGUCGGUAGAGAGAUCGUUUGAAGCAUGGGAGGAGGUGCAGCGGCACGGCCAAGACUUGGCUGAUAAGCUAGCACAAGGUUUUACAGGUUUGAUUCAAUCUCAUAUUGCCCCUCCAUCAUUUGCGUGGCCUAAUCCUCCGAGUACCAAGAUUUUCGAUGUCGGAUUCGAUUUUCCUACCCAGAAUUUCAUGCCCAGGGACUUUGGACUUGCAAUUGAUAACUCGGGUAUUAAUGGGAUUUUUGAUAUUGGGAAUAGGAUAGGGCAAGCUGGGGCUGAUUUUGGGGCUUGCGUAAAUGGGUUGGUUCAGCAGUUUUUCCGGGUGAUUCCUAUUCCGUUUAUGCACUAUGAUAGUGAUAAGGGAACGGUGAAGCUUCAUCAUGGUGAAAAUGGUGGGGAGAGGAGUGAUAUGAGUAUAAUGGCGAGGGGGGAGUUAGGUUCUUUGGCUGAGCAAUGGGAGGAUUUGACCUUUUUUGAGAACUCCGAAGCUGGCGUUGAUGGAGUUGCUGAUGAAGAGCUUUCAGGGUUUAACCUUAAGAUUGCUGGUCUCUUUGGUAAAUCUCAGGGGACCAUAAAUGUCACAUCCUCAUAUGACAGUAGAACCUCUGACGUACAAAGUUCUGUUGUUGCACGUGGAGAUUUAUGGAGACUUGAAGCAUCAAGUGGUAGUUCCACGUCUGGAACUCAAAAUUCAUCUCUGUUUCUUGUCCAGCUUGGACCUCUUCUCUUUAUUCGUGAUACAACACUUUUGCCAGUACAUCUGUCAAAACAGCAUUUGCUUUGGUAUGGUUACGAUAGGAAGAAUGGUUUGCACUCCCUUUGUCCAGCCAUUUGGACUAAGCACAGAAGGUGGCUUUUGAUGUCGAUGAUCUGUCUCAAUCCUUUGGCUUGUUCAUUCAUGGAUCUACAGUUCCCAAAUGGGCAGCUUACUUAUGUUGCGGGGGAGGGACUAACCACUAGCACAUUUGUUCCUAUUUUUGGGGGUCUGCUUCAAGCUCAGGGUCAGUACCCUGGUGAGAUGAGGUUCAGUUUCUCUUGUAAGAAUAAAUGGGGAACUCAAAUUACUCCAAUGAUACAGUGGCCUGAUAGGUCAUUUACUCUUGGUUUCGCUCAAGACUUAGCUUGGAAGCGUUCUGGUCUGUUGGUAAGGCCAACCAUCCAAUUAAACCUAUGUCCUACUUUUGGUGGAAGUGAUCCUGGAGUACGGGCAGAACUCGUUCAUUCGGUUAAGGAUCAGUUGAAUCUAAUAUAUGGGUGCUCGUACUCAACAUAUUCGUCAGCAUUUGCAUCUGUAUCACUAGGUAGGUCUAAGUGGAACGGGAAUGUCGGAAGCACUGGGAUCGUCCUUAGAGCCGAGACUCCUCUGUGCAAUGUGGGCAGACCAGCGUUCUCUUUACAACUGAACAGUGGCAUCGAGUUUUAGCCUCUCCUUGCCAUAUCAUGUAUCAAUGUGAACUGUAAAUAGUACCACACUUGUAUACAUAGCUCACAACCACCUGUAAAUAUUGACAUUUAGUAAAUACUGGUAGCGUGUAUCAUCUAAGGAUCCAUUUUAUGUCUGGAUUCUAAAAUUUUGUGGAAUUAUCACUUGUCAUGCUUGCUUGGAAAUGAUAUGUGUAAUAUGAUUAAUUUCCAAGCAGCUUUAAAAGUAAUAAUGUAAGGUAGUGUUUGGAUACAA